AUGUUCAAGCGCUCGUUUCGGUCGCAGGACCAGAACCGCAUCGACAAGUCUGCGAGGGCAAAGAAGCCCAGUUCUGUUCGGGAUCCGGUGAAGCUGUCGAGGCUGCAGAGAUCGCUCACCGAGCAAGACGGCGUCGCGCAGCAGCCUGCCGCGCCUUCGGCCAUCGUGACUCUCACGGUCGGCCGCGAAGGCAGGCUCUUUGCGGCGCACGAGGACGUCCUCCGCCAGUCUCCGUUUUUCGACGCGGCUUGCCGACGCAGCGUGCCCGACUCGCAGAGCAAGAGAAUUUCCCUGCCCGACGAGGAACCCGAGGUAUUUUCCGCCGUCCUCGAGUAUCUGUACAAGGGCGACUACUACCCUCGCCUACUGCACAGCAGGUCCAGGAACUCUUGGCACCUCGAAGACGGCCCACGGACGCCUCGCACCUCGCCAAACCCCGAAAGCGCAGGUGGCCGCGCAGGUGGCCGCGCAGGAACCGUCGGCGACGCCACCGUCUUUGUCUGCAGCUUGGGGGCCGACGUCCUCCGCGACACGGUCGUUUACUGUGCCGCGGAUCGAUUCGGCCUCGAGGAGCUGAAGCGUCUGGCUCUGCGCAAGCAAGGCCUGCAAGCCGGCAUCGACGUCGGCACCAUCCUGCGGUCGGCCCAGUACGCCUACGCCCACACGCCCGACUCGGAUAGCCGCCUGCGCGCUCAUUACCUCGCCCUGAUCAUCCGCUGCCGCAAGACGUUCAAGCGGAGCGGCACUAUGCAAGCCGAAAUGGAGGCGGGUGGCAGCAAAUUGUAUUUUGACUUGUUCGUGGCCAUGUGCAAUCACCUGGACGACGUCAUUGACGUGACGCACUGCCGCACGCCAAAGACGGCCUGA